AUGUCCGAUUGCUGGAGGAGUUUUACAACAAUUUUUCUGCUAUUCCUAAUAUUUUUCGCAGAAAAUGUCUAUGAUCCAAGAUCUUACCCACCUCGUCAGAAUCUAUUUGCCUACAAUUGCGGGCCACCAGUCCUAGAGAUGCACAUAAGCAGUGUAAGACAGACUGAUGGCUUGAAACUGGAAAAAAAAACGGUGGCCACAUGA